CGGAACGCGCGCCCAUUGGGCCACCUGGAGUAGCGCUGAGAUUUCAAGGGAGCUAACAUUUUUGACAACAAUGGAAAUCCAACAUGUUCGCCAAAAAUUUAUUCAGUUGGCUGGUGAAGUAACUGACUUCAAAACACAUGUUAUCACAUCGGAACAGGUCAGCAGUAUUCCAGCAAUAAAGGUGAAUCCAUUUAGAGACCAAAUAUGUAAGGUGUUUAGUUGGAAUGAAGACGGAUUAUUUUCAUUUGAUGAAUUCCUGGAAAUGAUGUCAGCCUUUAGUGAAAAUGCAUCGCUUUCUGUAAAAGCAGACUAUGCCUUUCGAAUUUAUGAUUUAAAUGGAAAUAACUACAUUGAUCAAGAAGAUAUACGGAAUAUCAUACUUCGCUUAACUAAUGGGAUGAUCGAUGAAAGAAACAUAUUAACAUUGACUCACUUUGAUGCUGGUUCUUGGGGUUGCUGCUGAAGAUGUUUGGGAUGAUGAACAGGCCGAAUUCAUCUGCAACACAGAGCAACCAGGCUGCAGGAACGUCUGCUACGACAAGGCUUUCCCC